UUUAUGUAAUAAAUAUACGACGGAGACGACCAUCACACUCGCCACACACUUCGACACGUUAAAUAAUAUUUUUAUUAUUAUUACGUCGAUGAACAGCUGAUCAGGAAAUCCCUUCCCUCGUCGUUAUGUUAUAGUGAUAUACGUCUGGACUUGUUAUUUUUUUUCUUCACCAGUUGACCAUGUUAUCAUCAUUAUCAGAACUACCAAUUUGUAACUGCGCGACGACAUUAGACCAGACUACUAUCGGAGACGACGGACUAAAAGCUAGGACAGAAGAAAUAAAAUAUAAUACAAUAUAUAUAAAAAAAUAAUGAUCAAACAAAUAAAUAAUUAAUCGAUAUUAUCAUAGUAAUUACGUUAAGACAAUCGUCAUCGUCGUAUUUUUCGUGAUAUUGUUAUUAUUAUUUAUUAUUAUCAUAUCAUUAUUAUUAAUUUUCUUUGUUUUCGUUCUCAUACCAUCGGAACGGUCGAGUUUUGUUCUCUGUGCGCAAUUCUAAGUGGAUUCUCGUCGUCUGCUGCAACUUGAAGUGCGCCAACAGCAGUACAUGUCCGCAGUUGUUUUUUGGUGCUGCGAUCGAUGUCUGAUGUUCCGGACGUCGUCGUCCGCGUGACGGAACGUCUUCUUUCGGUGAUCGUUCGCUUAUAGUACAACGCGCGCGAUAAACCAAAAACAGACUUCCGCCGUCCGUGUUCGUCCGCGUCGUCCUGAGGCGGUGUUCGCGUGAACGUUCGUUGCAUGCGAAAUGGGAGCGAAGGCCAGCACGGCCAACGGUGAUGACGGCGGUGCCAGUCAUGGCGAUCACAGGUCGUUCUCUAACGGCAAUGGGCCGGAUUCUGUGCAGACAGCCAGCAAUCCUGGGUUCAGCAUUCUGCGUUCCCUGCCUAGCGCUGUAGCUAACGACAGACAGCGUGCCAGGUCUUUGUCCGGUGUGCCCAAUGGUCACGACAACAACAGCAACUCGACGAGUCCACGGUUCGAUAUUACAGAUGUCUUGGAGGCUGACAGCAGCUCAAAUGAUGACCAGAACUUGGACAGUCCUACAGUUACUGCUAAUAUUAGUCUUGGACGCGUUUAUUCGGCUCAUUCGUUACCUGCACAUAUUUGGCCAUUCAAUGGAAUUAAGUGUCCAGUAUGUUCAAAGUUUGUUUUACCAGACGAGAUAGAAGUUCAUCUGGUUAUGUGCUUGACCAAACCUAGACUGAUUUACAACGAAGAUGUUUUAAAAGACGAUAAAGGUGAAUGUGUCAUAUGUCUGGAAGAACUGAUACAAGGCGAUACCAUAGCCAGGCUUCCUUGUCUUUGCGUAUACCACAAAACAUGUAUAGAUCGGUGGUUUGAAGUGAACAGAUCGUGUCCUGAGCAUCCCGGAGAUUGAACCGUUUAUACACAGACUUCGAACAAAAUUUGAAAAA